AUGCGUCGAAGCUUCAUAACCCCCGCACUUCCUUUUCACCGCCGGCGGUACCAAAAACAGAGCGCCUACCGGCCCUCCUGGCUCACCCCCGGGCUUACCUCGCACCAGCUGCUCGAUGCCGGGGUGGGGGCGCGGCAAAACGCGAGUCGGAAGAACAUCAAAAAGGCCCAACGGCCCUUCGCGAAUUAUUUUCGCGCGGAGUUCCGCUGCUCCGACGUGGCGGGGGGCGGCAAAGCGCCGCGCUCGGCCUACGCCGCGGUCCGGCUGAUGACGGAUCCGACGACGCUUUGGGUGGCCCCGUGGGGGCGGCAACGCGGCCGCGGCCUCAGCCGCACCCACCACAAACGCCAGGACGCGCUCGAGCCCGCGGGGCCGAUCUUCGGCGAGGACGCUUUGGAUCCCCUCCUCAGGCGGGUUUUGGCCCUGCGGGACGCCUGGGAUGGCGAGGACGCGCUGCGGACGACGGGAUUAAUACCGCGCGGGAUGGUUGGGCUUUGCGCGCACGCCUCCCCCGACGCGCGUGGGCGAUCGCACUCCUUUCCCGGGCUUUCUCAGGCGCACCAGGGCGAUGAGGAGAUCCUCCAGAUCGAUGGGAUCCCGGUGAUCGUGCGCCGUCCUACAGGCUCGGGCCACCCCCUGAGGGGCGAUUCCGGGGUGAAUGCGAUUCCGUCUUUUAUAGCCGACAUCGCCCGUGGGCCUUUUCUCUCGGCCCCCCGCAAUCCCGCGCUGACGUUGCGUUGGCAGGCCGCGAAUCGCCGCGCGGACGGCGUCUCCGAAGUCCUCCAACUCCACCGGCAGAUCCCGACGGCCUCGGUCGUGGGGCUCCCACCGCGCUCGGCGCUUUUACUGCUUUUCGCCCUGGCGACGCUCGAGAUCGAGGCCCCGGGGCUCGAGGUCUCGAUUGGGAUCGCGAUGGGCGAGAAUUAUCACGGCUACGACGGCGACGACUGCCUUGGGGUCCUGCGUUGUUUGAGACGCCUGGCUUUCGUGCGUGGCCUCCCCACCAUCAGCCCCCCACCGGUGUCUUCACCCCCGCCCGCUUUGCAUUGGGAGGGGGGAUCUGCUAGAACGCCGCAUCUUUAUCGUCAUGCGUUUCUAACCGACGGGCUUUUAGGGCGGUAUAUCGCCGAUACCGCGCCGUUUUUGGCCGCCAAGGUCUGGGCUCGGCUUCCCGAGCAGAGCGAAGCCCUUCUCCGGCGUCGGCUUUAUCUUGACUGGAUCGAUUUACUUUAUUUGGCCCUCGAGGCCAACGGGAAUCGAUUGCCAAGAAAGCUACCGAGUCCGUCUAGCGCCGCGGCGUACGCCUCGAAGUAUCUUUUUCUUCGCCAUACCCUGCGGAUUGACGAGCCCACCAUGGCGAACUUUGUCGAGCGGAUGCGGGGGGAAUCCCACCCUCAUCGCUUUCAUGCGUCUUUGAAGUCCGGCAAAACAAGGGCGGAGGACGGCAAUUCGGAAAGUGUGAACGACGUGAAUUCUGACGAAAUCAUCGAGGCCGAUGUGACUCCCCGGGCCUCUGUUAUUGCUGAGGACGGCAAUAGUGAAGCGGCCCCUUUUAGAAGGCCGGACGAGGAUCAUGAAAGAAGCCUCAUCUUGUGGAUGAGUGCUUCUUUUUUGGUCCGUCUGAUUAGCGAGGCGCUUGGCGAUGUGCUCAAUCACGUCGGGACUUAUUUAGAGCAGCGGGCGCGGCUUUUAAGCGAUGAUGGACUCGUCGAGGUCGUUCGCCCUGGCCACUUGGAGGAUUUACUGCCUUCCAAAACACGAAUUGCGGAAUGCGGGACCGAAUCCCGGCAUUCCGCAAUUCCCGAUUCAGGCGUAAUCGGGCGGUGUGGUAUCAUUCGCGAUCAUUUAGAGGCGUAUUUGGAUCGUUUGAUGUUGUAUCGUCCGCGAAUCGCCGGGGAGGUGACCCACCUUCUGGGCCGGCAGCGACCCAAGCGGGUUCGCGUGCGGUUAUUGCCGUAUGAAUCCUUUCCCGAGCUUACCCACAGCCUCCCACGGCCCGUUCGAAAAGUAAUGGAGCAGGCCGGACUCGCGGCGCGGUCGCAAAAGCUGCCCGAUGCUUCUGCUCAACCGUUAUCCCACCCUCAGGGCUUAAUUCCUGAGGAAUAUCCCACCGCAACCCCGGCGAAGCCGGCCCCGAGGGCGUCCUCGACGCUCGCCUCGCACCUCGCGCAGUCGACGUUGGCCUCCCAUCAUUUGGGAAGGGCGGCGGAUGCGCUGAGUUGGUCCACGAUGAUUUUACGCCAUUGUUUGGCGAUGGUACGUGGGCUUCCCCCGCUGGAUUUUAGCACCCCCGCCUCCCCUUCCGCCGCCGCUCAACGACAAACGCAUUGCCGUCGCUUUGCCAAAGGGAAGAUCCAGAUGUUGAUGGAUGAGCUUUUCUUUUAUAUCCCGUGGGAGAAAAUGGAGUCCGACAUCGAGCCCCUGCUGGCGUCCGAGGGAGGGGAGGGGCGGACGGCGGAUUCGCACGGGCCAUCCUUUUGCACCUCCUUCCCCGAUGCGCCCUCCCAGGACGAUGCGCGGAGGGGCCGCAUCUUAUUGCGUGAUCUGCAAAUGUGUGUGGAGGAGUUCCAGCUUUCGGUUUCGGACCUUCUCGAGGCCUAUGAGGGGUUCUUCAGCCAAGAAAAAGAGGGUGUGGAGGUUACCAGGGAUGAUAGUCCAAAAUGA